GCGUAUAAUAACUGUAAUAUACACAGAAGCAGCUACAGCUAAGCGGUCGACUGGAAUAAGGAAAAACAAAAAGAAGAAUAACGGGGUAUUUGCCACGGCGUCUUAUUCCACGCCGUCAGAACUCUCCACCCCCUGCCGAAGUAUAUACAUGCACGCACACGCACACACUUGUUACCGCUGUUUGCUACGUGCGAGCGAGGACGCGUGGAGGAGCUUGGAGGAAGUGCUAUAGGUGUGCGCACAGCCCGAGACGGCCACCACUACGCGUGCAGAAGCGGCGAGGGAGCAUCGCGGCGGCGUCAGCGUACGCGCUGGUGGUCGGGCCUUGUAGUACGUGCGACGAUUUCAAGCAGCUCCGGCGAGUGUUUGAGGCUAGCUGGGUCUGGCCUGCUGCCGACGCCGCUGCAAUCGCUGCCUGUGCUACGACGGCGACGCCCCGUCGCUAGCGGCAGAGUUUAGAAGAGGUCAGCCAGCGGCAAGUGCGUCGUCGUUCGUUCGUUUCGAGCGCGCGGUCGCGCCUGUGUGUGUGUUUGUACGCGCGCUUGUGUAGACAGACGGUUGUACGACUUCUGCACCCGCAACGACGUCGCCCGUGCUAUCGUCUGGUCGCCGUCUGGAGCUCGUCGGCGCAGGACGCGCGUGAUCGUCUUGAAGACCUUGGUGAAUCGUAUUGUGAUUUGCGGUCGUGUAGUUGUGGUUCGACGCAUUUCCGUCUGCUUGCAGCGGUCAUCUGGACGUUCUUUCCUGCGACGUGCAAUUCGUUGCCAUCUCUUGGAUACAGUGAAACUGUCGGUCUUUAUGGUCCGAAAAAUAUGGAAAUAUUAGGAAGUCGAGUCAGAAGACGUGUGUGACUUUGUGGAAGUUCGGAACGUCCGUGCGUGUGCGCGUGUGUAGUGGUUGGUUGUCGAGUCACGAUUAAGACAGCUGUGACGCGGAUCGUUCAUUUGUGACGCGUAUGCGUGCUGGACUUCGACGGUCGCUGAACGAAUGACGAAAGACGAACACGUAAUGCUAGUAGCGAAAUGUAUACCUGGUUCCUAUAGGUCUCUGUACAUCCUGGUCGCCGGAGGUGUUUUGAAAGCUGUCUUCUCAGGAUACAUGGCGUCCUACUCUUGACUCGAAGCAUGCCUGCGUAUGCGUAUUGCGGAGUGAUCGCUUGCCGCCGUGUCUGAAGUGAUUAAUUCUUCGGCUUCCGGUUCACUGUCAAGCAAACCCGGAUUGCCAGUGGAACUGAGCUCCGAAACCGAGCCACCUUCAGUGCGGUUUCACCGCCUGUAGUUCGUUACCUUCGUUGCGAAAUAGACCUCUACACGCCGAGACAAGUGCGCGUACGUUGUCUGCGACGCGCUGUUCACUGGCGUGGCCAUCGUUUUUCCCUUAUGUAAACCGACGCUGUAUGGAAUGACUAACGUGUUUACAAACUUUGGUUACGCAUCCGCUCGUCAAACCGCCCUGAGAGAAUCUCUCGCUUAGUACGCGUCGCAGUUCGAAGGGCGUGGUGAAGUUUGUCGGCGCAUUUUAGCGCGUCUUCACAUUCGCAACAGAUUCGACUUUAACGAGUCACUCGCGUCAUAGGCGACGGCCAACGUCGAAGGUCAAGAAACUGUACCCCUUUGUCUUUCCUUAGACACGAUGUCAUAGGCGCAAGUGUUCGGCAGGCAACAGUAGUCUGACAUUUUCGCUUUCCGCGGCUUGGUAUUGAACAGUAUCGCGCUGAUUGUGGGAAAGGUGGAUGGUAACAGUGCGCGGCUGUAGUUCUGUGUCGAACCUUUCGUCGUGUUGAAGUAAAACGUCACCCAAAGGUCGAGGUCGAGGGAGGACGACAAGCUGGGCACCAGCACCGCGAAGGAAUAUGAAGACGCUGAAGCAGUGCAUCUCGGCUCCCUCAGAAGAAAGACCACAGAUGGCGGCGAUCAGAAAAAAACUAGUGAUAGUCGGAGACGGCGCCUGCGGAAAGACUUGUCUUCUGAUCGUCUUCAGCAAGGAUCAGUUUCCCGAGGUCUAUGUGCCCACGGUCUUCGAAAACUACGUCGCCGACAUCGAGGUCGACGGAAAACAGGUUGAGCUGGCCUUAUGGGACACAGCGGGGCAGGAGGACUAUGACCGGUUGCGGCCCCUGUCGUACCCGGACACAGACGUCAUCCUCAUGUGCUUUAGCAUCGACUCCCCGGACUCCCUGGAGAACAUCCCAGAAAAGUGGACGCCAGAGGUGCGCCACUUCUGCCCCAAUGUGCCCAUCAUUCUUGUGGGGAACAAAAAGGACCUACGCAACGACCCGCACACGCUGCGGGAGCUUGCCAAGAUGAAGCAGAAGCCUGUGGCGCCAGAGGAAGGGCGCACCAUGGCGGAGAAGAUCAACGCCUACGGCUACCUGGAGUGCUCUGCCAAGACCAAGGACGGUGUGCGCGAGGUGUUCGAGACUGCAACGAGGGCCGCCCUGCAGGUCAAGAGGCCGAAGAAGACAAAGUGCAUUCUGCUCUAGAGUGAAAACCUUUUCCCGUUCCCGGUGAGAAGCCAGAUGGGGGCUGGAGGAGCUUCUCUCGCUGCAGUGUCUGCGCCGCUUUGUUGUGCGUGCCGCCGCCGCCGCCUCUUCCCCGCUCCAUCUGCACUCUGCACUGUGCGUCAGGUGUCUCUGCCUCUCUUGUCCGUUGUCGUCAACAACCCGAGUCCCAUCUUCUCCUCUCCGUGCGUCGCUGCCAGGCCUCCGAGCCGAGCUGCGAGGGCCGGGCCCAGCUUGCUUCUGCGUUGGCCGUGCAAAGUUGCACGGCGAGGCCGUGGUUUUCCUUGAAUGUUGUUCGAGCUGCUGGCAUUUCGAGGGCUUCAAAGAAAGUGCCGGUCACGCUUCGUCGCCUUGUGCAAAAUAAGAAGAAACUCUUUGCCAGUUUGUGUCGCAUUGAAGGGCAUUUUGUGGUCAUGGGGGUGGUGCGAGUGUGUUUGGGCCGUUGACAACUUCCCUCUAUUUUUUCUUUUUUUUUUCCGUAAGCCUUCCGCAUGCCACAUUUGUUGUGCGAGGAUGAUGCCUAGGCAGGAAGGCCUAAGUGCAUGGAGAAGCAGUUUUGAGUGCUUGUUUUAGCUUUUAGCUUGUUUUAGAGCUUAAUCCAGCAAUUUCAGGCAAGCAGCAGACAAACUUAUGUUCCAAGUCUUGCUUGCCACAUGUUUGGAGGAGAGCGGCUUGUUCUGAAUUUUUGGUGCGAGUUGUUUCUCAUGCUUGGAUCGGGGAGUGCAGUUUGUGGUGGCCAGCUGCCUGCAACUGCAGUGGCACUGGCGCGAGUGAUUGGUCUUUGUACUUCACGUUUGCACGAGGUUUCUGACACUGUGUCUACCGCUGCACUUUGAACAGACCACUAACCAUGUUCAGUGUUUACCGAGUGUGGCUUAGUUUCGUGCGGCACUCACCAGCACUGUUUGUCAGAGCCCUUUUAGCCGAGCGCCAGGGAUUACAACGGCAAGUUAGUGCUCGUCAAAAGUAGGCAGCCCCCUAGACCAAGUGCCUGGAAAAAUUUUUCUGAACCAUUCCUCCCCCUCCUUUCUUUUGUCAGUUCUGGUCAGAUGCCUUGUGAAUAAUCCCAUCCUCCCUCCCACCAUCCCCCCCCUCCAAAUGGCUGUCUUUGCUAACACUGAGCAAAACGGAGGUGGAAAGCAGAGGGGACUGUGGAAUGUUGAAGUAACUCUUGAGCAGUAGUCGUUGCUUUCUUUAUUUAAAAAGUUGGUGCCUGCGACCUAGACUGGAGUUUCUCUGCAAGCUCUGUCUUUGUUAUAAAGUGUAAGCAGUGUUUCCUUGAAUAGCUUUUCUGCUUGAUGUUCAUUUUCUUUAUAUUCUGUUUCUAUUUCCGUCUUGCCUCGCCAUCGCGCGCUGGGAAGACUGCUACCCUAGCUUUGUUGUACGAUCGGUGUUGAAGCAUAAAUAGCUUGUUUUAGAGCUUAAAUCCAGCAAUUGUGCGGAUUGUGCCGAGAACUAGCGCUACGCUUUGUCUCUCUCUCUUUUUUUCUUUGUUACUUACUGCGAAGCUGGACCUGUAAAGUUACCUGUAAAGCAUGUUAACUAAGCAGCAUUGAAGUGAGUCAUGGCUGGCCCCGGAAAAUGCACACGAACUUGCUUGCUCUUCUGCUAGUUUGACCUUUAGUCCAUUCCCUGCUCCUUGUUUCGUUUGCCUGCCUAGUUUCUUAUGGAGCAAGUAUUGUAAACAGGACCAGACGUUUUUUUCACAUCUCAGGUGAGCGUUCUGAGAAAAAUUGUAAGGUUUUUAUGUAGAAGCCACUUGGAAGCGACUCAGGAAGGAGUUUUGUGUGAAUGGAGGACGUAGCCGUAACCUAAUUAACCUUGAAAAAGCGCUAAAUCGUGCCGAGUUUAUAACAUCGACAAGCACUCGAUGUCGAGCGUGCGUCAUGUUUCAUCUAUCCAGCCCCGCAGUGCCGCACCCACCGGUGCAUCUUUGCAAACUUUGUUCAUGCUUGUAUUGAUUGAUUCUGAACACAGCACUGUUCGUGAUACUGUACGCACUGUAGCCUCUGAACAUAGUGCAAAAAAGAGCGCUUGCUUGCAAGUCUUGACAUGAUUGCAGUAGCUUUUCCUUUGGCACUUGCUAAGUGUUCCUUCUACGUCUGUUCACAGAGAAAAAGCAAAUUUUUUAGUACCAUGACUCGGAGGUAAACCGAGAUGUAGCCGGGUGCUGAAAGUUUUGCCGAAAUGGAAUCCAUACGAAAAAAUUGCUUAAGUGCAUUGGUCGUUGGUGCACCUCUGUGUGUUAAGCAUUGUCAUUGUUGCUACCAAAGACGCUUGGUCAUUGUCUAAAUUGCGCACAUGAUUAUGUAUAUACAAUAUCCUCAUUGUGAUGUAUUUUGUACCGGGGGUGCCACCAGUAAAAGAUUUCAUACUAAGCUCUGGUCAUAGAAAGAUGUUAGUAGGCAAUGCUACGUAAUGACAGCUACGUAAAACGAUUACAGCUGGCUUUAAGAUUUCUCUUGCUUGUAAACAGCGCCUGGUCCACGUGAUUUGCUUAGUGCAAAUGUGGAAUAUUUGAGGACCAAGCGAGAUGUAAAAAUCAACCUCUCAAAAUUUCAUUCCAUCAUCCAAAAGUUGGUGCAAGCAGUUAGUGAGCAAGUUUUCAUGGAUGCACCUGUGCCGGUGGUCAUGCGACGGCCGUCUCAAGCAACCGGAACAAGCUGUCUCAAGCCGGAACAACUACUGCUUCAGUGUUCUUUCAGCAUUGUCUUUUGCAGCAUCGCCAAACACUUCCUUCGACUAGUUCUGUGCACUGGCACAAACAAACGGCGGGCACAUUUUUUAAUUGCACUUGUGUGAGGCUGAGUGAUUGUUGUCUGUACGGUACUAUAUACAUUAUUUGUAAUCUAUUGCAGAGAAAGAGCUUUAUUUUUGUUUUUUUUUGUGUCGGUGUUGUUGUGGCUUGUCUCCGUGGAAGAAGCCUAAAGCGGACAUCACAAUGAAGAGCUUCGGGAAUGUUGCGGAUUUCUACGGCUUUCGUGAGGAAGUGUUGCUGCCGUGAAUUACCACUGUUUUGCUACAUGGCUUCUGUGGUUUUUUUUUGCUCCUCACGAGGUCAUCGCCAUUGCUCGCGAGUUAAUCAUCCUCCAGAGUGUCUUUUAUUAUUUUUUUCUAGGCAUUUCUAACCGGAAACGUGGCAAGGUGCGAUGAUGCCAUCUUAACUAAGAGAAGAUGUCUCAUUCUCUCUCUCCUCUUGUACAUAUUAAAAAAAAGAAAGCUAUGUCCGCGUUUCCUUUUGUUUUUUUGACGUCGCUGUUUUCACCUCCUGUUUCUGUACCAGUGCCGAGCAUUUGUGAUGACGGCGCAUUUUUUAUACGGGGAAGCAAGACAGCUUAGUGCAUUGUUCUGUCGGUUAUGUGUAUGGUAGGCCUCCUGUAACUAUUAUUAUUAUUAUUAAAGCAUACUUUUGGUGAAAA